AACGAUUAACCCUUUAUAUUGCCUUUAUAGAAACUAUAAUAUAGUUAAAUUAAAAUAUAAGUUAUACGUGAAAUUUUUAUACUGUUGUUAUUAUUAUGAUCUCAUAUAUUAUUUCAUAAAAAAAUGUAUUUAUUUACAUAAGCACAAUUUAUUUUGUACAAUGUGUUAUAAUUUUUUUAAUAUGCAGCAUACUGAAAGAGCGAUAAAUAUAAUGAAAAAAGGAUCUGUUGGUGCAAAUUUAGUUAAAGAAAUCCAAGAAGUAUUAAACAAAUUAGGUUUUGAAAACGAUUUACUUGAAGUAGGAAAAAUCCUAUUGAUGUUUGACCUCGCAAGUAAAGUUGAAAUUAUUUUUACCGUGUACACUGUUCAGGACUUUUCACAGGGAGAUAGACAUAAAUACAUUUUUUACUACCGAUUUCAAAAUCCUAUCUCAAACAAGGAAUUAUUUUUAUCAAAGAAGUUUUCCAUCCUAUCAUUUCUCCGUGCAACCUCCUCUUGUGUAACAUUGGAUACCUUUAAGGUAUGUGGUGUCCAAGCAGCGGCUCGUGGCGGUUACUAAUCACGUUAACUGUACAGAUUAGUCUCCAGUGCGCGAAUGCAGCUAGGCGACUGUGCAAAAGAUGUCUAUAGUUAUAGUGCACGCCGACAUAUAAUUCAUGCAGUGUUGGAUGACCUCCACGACGGACUGUGCUUUGGACACUGUUCCAAAGUUAAAAUUUCGUAUCAGGAAUUUAUGAAACUGUGCAACAGUUUUCAUUAUCAAUUUUUACAUCGGUAUUUUCGAGAAGAAUAUCAUAAUAAAAAUAUUAAAAUUUAGUACCAGGGAUUUAUAAGAACUAAUGCAUUAAAGUAUUUCGAGAUGUUUUCCAACUUAUCGCUAGCGAUUUUCAAGCGGCUGACAAUAUUAUUUUAAAUUAAAGAAUUCAAUAGUGAUUCUCAUGAAUCCCUGAUACUAAAAUUUUUAUUUUUAUAUGAGACUCUGUACUAUCAAUACGAUACACACAAUUAAUUUAUAAGUAAAACUCAUUAAAACACGGUUUUAAAAUUAAUAAUUUACAGUUUAAAUGUUAAUAUAAAUUUAUUAUUGUUAUUAUUAUUUACCGUUUUGGAGAAAUUUCGAUGGUUUACUCGGUAUUUAUUAAUGGGAGAGAACAAGAUCAUUCAAAUGUUCAAAGAUUUAUGCGAAUAUUAAAAAAAUAUGGAUAUGAAGAUUUAUUACACAAGCAAGUAAACGUUAACAAAAACGAUAAUUCUAAAGAGGAUGAACAGUACAUUAAUAAAACAUACUCAGUCAUAGACAAUGAUAGUAAUGGUUUGAUACUUAUUUGGAAUAUAAAAAAAAAACUUAAUCGUUUAGGAUAUGACAAUUCGUUAAUUGAAAUAGGACAUAUCCUGACAAAGUUUGAAUUCGAAGGAGUACAUUAUUCAAGCAUUGAAGUUUUUUUGAAUAAUUUAGAGAAAAAAGGCUAUUACAAACAAUUAAAACUAAAAAAUGAACAAGAUAACAAACUUAUAAAGAGAGCACAUGAUAUGAUUGAAAAAGAAGGUGAUGGACUGAGUAUUGUUUGGGAUAUUCAGAACAAAUUAGAAGAAUUAGGCUUCAAAAACUCAUUACUUGAAGUGGGAAAAAUCCUAUUAAUGUUUGACUGCGAGGGAUAUCGUUUUUCGAAUAUUCAAGAAUUUUUAAAAAUGAUGGAAAAAGACCUUUUUUACGAUUUUUUAUACGUUCAAAAUAAAAAUGAAUCUUCAGAUGAGACUAAAAAAUAUAUCGAUAGGGUGUUUCAUACAAUUGAAAACGAUGAUGAAGGAUUGGUGUCAGUGUGGGAUAUACAAUCGAGAUUAAAUAAUAUGGUCUAUAAGCAUUCAUUAGUAGAUGUAGGAAAAAUUCUGAUGAAGUAUGACGCAGAAAAAUUUCGUUACUCAAAUUUCAGUCAAUUUCUGAGUAUUAUGGAGAAUACGGGGUUUUUUAAUUUGUUGAAUAGAAACGUAACGUUUUUAGAAAAUUCUUGAAUAUGUAAUAAUUGUAAAUUUAUCAUUGAAUAUUGUUCACAAUAACUAUAAAAACAUAAAAUUUGUAUGUGUAUUUUUGUUUUCUAUGUUAGAAAACACUGUAUUUUCUUGCGUUACUAUUAACAUUUGCAAAAUAAUUGUACAUAACAACCAGUAUAAUUUCAGCUUAUACAUGUAUUUUAUAAUUAAUUAAUUAAAGAUAACAAAAUAAU